ACAAGCAGCGCUCGCUAUUUGUUGUGAGGUUCACGUUUCACAUCAGUGCUCAGAAAUGGCGGCCACUCGAGUGAUAGCAUCGGCGAGCAAUGUCUUCUCCGGCGGCCUACUCUCCGGGACUUCGUUGAGGGGAAAACCUCGGAGCCUCGGGCUUUGCUUCAAAAGCGGUAGAUUGGCUUCGCCGAGAAAGCGGCUGUUCACUUGUGCUGCAAUUUACAAUCCCCAAUUUCAGGUUAAGGAGGAAGGCCAGCCGGAAACUCUUGACUACCGUGUUUUCUUUCUCGAUAACAGUGGGAAAAAGGUUUCCCCUUGGCACGACAUUCCCCUGCAUUCGGGCGAUGGCGUGUUCAACUUUGUUGUUGAGAUACCCAAAGAAUCAAGUGCAAAGAUGGAGGUUGCUACAGAUGAGGUGUAUACUCCAAUUAAGCAAGACACGAAGAAGGGAAAACUUAGAUACUACCCAUACAACAUUAACUGGAACUAUGGAUUGCUUCCUCAAACAUGGGAAGACCCUACGGCAGCAAAUGCUGAGGUUGAGGGGGCAUUUGGAGACAAUGAUCCGGUUGAUGUUGUCGAGAUCGGUGAUAACCAAGCUAAAAUUGGGCAAGUGUUGAGGGUGAAACCCCUGGCUGCUUUGGCGAUGAUUGAUGAGGGGGAACUUGACUGGAAAAUUGUUGCUAUUUCAUUGGAUGAUCCAAGAGCUUCUCUUGUUAAUGAUGUUGAAGAUGUUGAAAAACAUUUUCCGGGGACUCUUACUGCAAUUAGGAAUUGGUUUAGAGACUACAAAAUUCCUGAUGGGAAACCUGCUAACAGGUUCGGUCUUGGAAACCAACCGGCGAACAAGGAUUAUGCUCUCAAGGUUAUCACCGAAACAAAUGAAUCCUGGGCAAAGCUUGUGAAAAGAUCUACUCCUGCCGGCGAACUUUCCCUUGUGUGACUUAUUGUCAUUGCACGAGCUGCCCACCGCCUGUAAGAACACCUCUGCUGGCAACUAUUGUUACGUGGUUUAAUCAAGAUUUGAUUUAAACUACUCAUCUUUGGAUAAUCUCAUCGUGAGAAAGUACUUUGUGCAAUGUGAGCUGCUGCCUUUAAUCAAGUAAUUCUUGAAAGUUACUGUGCUAGAAA